AUGUCUCUUGUCAAAAUCCGAAACGCCCUCUUCGUCGCAGAGACCCGCAACCUCAGAGCCCACAAAUAUGUAUUCAGCAAGCCAAUUGCCAAUUUUGACGUAGAUCGGCCCAGCGCAGGUACGGGAAAGGCCUUCUACGCCAUCACCGGCCCGCAGAAACUGGCCUUUCUCAACGUAGUGGCAGCCAAAUACAUUCCCGACCCGCCGUUGGGGAGGGUUUAUCCUCAAUUUAGCGAUACACAUCGUAGUGACCAGAUCCAGUAUCUCAACUUCAUGGAAAACUCUGGUCUUGACAAAGUUCACAUGGCUGCAAGAUAUGAGUCGUAUUCGUACAAGGGCACAUUGGAGAUGAAGGACGACGUCAAUUCCGUGAUAAACUACGUUACAGGAGCCAAUAAUUACAAUAGCAACACUGUGGUGGCGGAAAACGAUACAUAUGUUCAAAAGCUCUGCGAGUUAUUUGGCCUUGACGAGUUGCGCAACAAGUGGAUCAACAGCUUGAGCAACGGGCAGAUGAGAAGGGCAAGAAUUAGCAAAGCGCUCAUCAACAAGCCCCAAUUGAUUGUGAUCGACGACCCCUUUUUGGGGCUCGACCCCAGGGCUACGGAAAAAGUGUCUGAGCUGCUUAGGCGCAUUGCCCUUGAACUAGACGCUGGCAUGGUUUUGGGGCUCCGGAUCCAGGACAAAGUGCCCGACUGGGUAGACAAUCUAGCAUACGUUGAUGAGAGCGGCUUGACAGCAUGCGGGCCAAAGUCAACGGCCAGGCUAGUUAUUGAGGAGAGGCACAAAGAAGAGCUCAAGUUACACAAAACCAGAGAGGCCCUCAGUGAAGAAAUUGCGUUUGUGGAAGUUGCGCCUCAAGCCAUCAACAGCACUACCACGGUGGACGACCCCAUAAUUGAGUUUAGUAACGCCUACGUCAGUUACAGAGGGACAGAUGUGUUAAAAAAUUUCACUUGGAGAAUCCAGAGAGGUUCUCGCUGGAGAAUCUUGGGGGAGAACGGGCUGGGCAAAACCACCAUUUUGCUGCUUCUAACAGCAGAUCAUCCGCAGCUGUGGAGAUCUGUGGUUUCGAUCGACGGCACAUUGCGCAAAACAGGGCAGGGAGUAAGCUAUUUUGAUGUGAAUAACCGCAUUGGCAUCUCGCUGCCCGAGCUCCAUGCCACAGUUCCUCCUCGAGCAUAUGCCCACCAUGUAGUGUAUAAUGGUCUAGUGAGAGACAUUGGCAACCUGAACUUCAAGUUUAAGUACAAGUACAGUGGAGACCAGAACGAGCUUCCGAAGGAAGCGCAAAAUUUACUCAAGGUGUUUGCGCCAGAGUUAGCGAAAAUACGCCACUUACGAUUCCACGAGUUGACUGUUUCGCAGCAGAAGCUCGUACUCUUUCUUCGAGCAGCCAUCAAAAACCCCGACAUCUUAAUCUUGGACGAAGCCUUCUCGUGUAUGGACGACGAGGUGCUCAUGAACAAGUGCCACGAGUACAUUGCGCAAGAAAUGCCCAAGACCACGGUGCUAGCCAUUGGCCACAUUGACUGGGAGGUGCCUGUGCACGAGCAUGUAAUAACGCUCCAUGGAGACCCACAAAGAGGGUACAGUUUUGCGACCCGAGCGAAAGCGAAAGUGAACAAAGGCGAACAGCGUUAG